UCAAUUUUGUUUUUGUUUCAUUUAACCUUUGUUGUUUCGUUAAAGAUUCGUAAUCAUUUGCUUGAUCAAUUACAAUGGAAACAGAUGAUUCGUUAUCAUUGAACAAUGAAGCACCAGAUUUUCGUUUACUAUUAUCACAUUCACGAUAUGAUCAAAUUGAACGUGAAUUAUUGAAAAUGUUCGAUGAACGUCAUCAAAAUUCAAGAAAUCGUGGCAAUGGCUGUACACAUCAUCAUAAUCAUUCGUUGGAACGUUCGUUGUUUGAUAUUGAAGAAGAUUUACAUAAAAUUUUAUUACUUCUUGUCAGACAAUUGGAACAAUUAUCGAUAAAUAAUAAUAAGAAUAAGGUGGAAAAUGUUAAAAUGGAAAUUGAAACACCGGUUAAAAUAGAAAUGGAAAUUCCAAAAUCAUCCACAAUGGCAACAACAAAAUGUUCGAUGGAUAAAGAUAAAUCUCGAAAAACUUCUUUACAUGGCAAUCAACAAUUGAUUGAAAGAUCAUCGAUUCAUCCAACUAAUCAUUCAUUGAAUCCAUCAUCAGAAUAUAGUAAAUUUUGUCUGGAAAGUGAUGAACGUUUUCGUAAUAAAUUUAAUCGUCUACAAUCAUCAUCGAAUCCAAUGGAAAAAUUAUCAUCAUCAUCAUUAUCAUUACCGGUUCAACAUCAUUUACAUUAUCGUCUAACGAAGCCGGAUAUUGAUUUGGUUCUCAAUAGUGAAUCAUUCCAACAUCAGAGUCAUUCAAAAUUUAUAGCUAAACAACAACAAUUGGCUCGUUUGAAACAACACAAUCUUUUAUGUAAUAAAAUUAAUGAAUUACAUAAUCAACAAGAAAAAUCAUCAAACCACCAUCAUCAUCAUCCACAGCAGCAGCAGCAGCAGCAAACACCACAAAAGAUUAUCAAACAAAUUCAAAGUUUAAUUGAUGAAUUACAUCUCGAACAUGAUUGGAUUUCCAAGUAAGUUUAAGUUGUUUCGUUGUUUUCUUGAAUCAAAAUUUAAUCCAAUUCAACACCAUACACACA